AAUCACAGUAUGUGGUAAAAGUUCCAAAUUCGACUCAAGUCGAGAUACACAGCCAGAGGGUUAAAGUAGAGGACCAGGCACCCCGGGCUGAGGUGAGGCCCCCCUGUGAGGUGAGGUGGGCCUCCCUAUAGGUUUUGGAAAGACACAGUGAGAUCCUGCAUGGAUUCUGCAUUUGUGCCCACCUGAAUAGGCACUUCUGCCAAGGACACGACAUGGGGAUCUGCACAGGCUGUCCUGGAGAAGAGUGGAUGGGUUUACCAGUUCUUUCCCUUUUCACCUCACAAGACGAUCUUGAAAAGAACAUUCUGCCUCAUGCAUUAGUAAACACCCAGAGACUGGGAUCGUUUUACCAGCCGUGAAGUUUACACGCUGCCUUUUUGCCCAUCGCUUGCACUGGACUUUGCAGGGAUUUCUGUAUGUGGUACAGAGGCUAGACCAGUGGACGUGUUUUCCUGUGGCCAUUAGCCCAGUCUUGAUCGCUGUGCUUUCUGAGCAGCGAGUGACAGUGCCGUCAGUGCGUGCCGGACUGUGAGACUGCAGCCCCGCACACACAAACACGCACAAGCGACAGUGUGUAGGUAUGUCCCUCCCCUCAGCAGUGGGCGUGGCAACAGGUUGUCAUGGCGUUACGUGCGCUGGGAGACAGCAACUAUGGAACUUCUUGGGACUCUACCAUUCUGCACUGUAAAUGGCGGGGGGGUUACAGGAAACAGGACAGGGAGACUUUUGUCAGAAAAUUACACUAAAUGUUUUUUUUUAAAAUGCUGUAAUUCUGAUUUGCACUGUGGUGUCAGGGGAAAUGAAAUCAGUCUCGUAGGGAAUAUUAACAAGCUGUCAUGGCUCUGCAGUCUUUAGUUCCACCCCACCAACUUCGAAUAGUCCAUUCUCGCCCACCCCCCCCAAGCUGAACCCUUUCUAAUAUUCAAGAGUCCUGUCUAGCCAGGUGAACAUAAGCAGGGAUGACAGUAUAAACAGGAGCAGUGCUUGUUGGAGCACAUCCACUUCCUGCAGUUUCUCCUCAGAGUGAAGGGCUGUGCACGGUGCAGAGUCCGCAGCCAGAGGCAGCGUUUGUGAUUCACUGGACCAGCGGUUCUUGUGAAUCACUCCACUGUGUGUGGUGAAAUGGACUUGGGAAGCAGCUCCUGGUUCUGCAAGGGAGAACCCGGCUCCAGCCUUUCGGUGUGUCAGUGCUCCCGCAGCUGAACGGCAUCCCGAAUAAUGGAGGGGGGCUUCGGCUCUGUCCCUAUGGAGGUCUGGAGCAGUUCGGUCCCCGGUGACAAUGAGCACAGCGGCAGCGGUAUCCUGAGGGACGCAGAGAGCGCGCAGGACGGGCUGUGUGGGGAGCUGAUGGAGGUGCUGUGCUCGGAGAGGGUGGGUCAGGUCACCAAGACGUACCAUGACAUUGAAGCUGUGACACAGCUGCUGGAGGAGAAGGAGCGUGACCUGGAGCUGGCCGCCCGGAUUGGACAGUCCCUCCUGAAGCAGAACCGCUCGCUGACCGAGAGGAACGAGCUGCUGGACGAGCAGCUGGAGGCCGCCAGGGAGGAGAUCGCCCAGUUACGCCAUGAGCUCACCAUGCGCGAUGACCUGCUGCAACUGUACGCCAGCAGCGCUGAGGACAGCGAGCCCCCCUCCGCCUGCUCCACUCCGAUGAAACACAGUGGGUCGUCUGCCUCCCUCGGUAGCUACUUCCACUACGACUUCCUGCAGCAGAAGCUGAAGGGGCUGGAGGAGGAGAACCUGAAGCUCCGCACAGAGGCCAGAGACUUGACAACAGAAACGACGAACUACGAGGAGCAGGAGCAGCAGCUGAUGAUGGACUGUGUCCAGGAGCUUGCCUCGGUAAACAAACAGGUGGCACAGCUGUCGGAGGAGCUUGCGAGGAAGGUGGAAGACACCAUGAGACAGCAAGAGGAGAUCAGCCACCUGCUCGCGCAAAUAGUGGACCUGCAGCAUCGGAGUAAAGCGCUCUCCUCUGAGAAUGACGAGCUCAAUCAGCACCUGGCAGCAUCCAGGGAGGUCCAGGCACAGCUGAGGUCAGAGCUCAGCGACCUGCAGGACAGGUACUCGGAGUGUGAAGACAUGCUGCAGGAGGCGCGGGAGGACAUCAAGAACCUGCGCAACAAGAGCCUGCCCAACAGCACCAUCAACCGCUACAGCUCGCUGGCCGUGUUCCCCAUGGACUCGCUGGCCGCCGAGAUCGAGGGCACCAUGCGCAAGGGCCUGGACAGCCCCGCCCCCCCCGAGUACAGGAGCCACCCUCGCCGCGUCUUCGAGACGGUGAAGGCGGUGAACCAGGCGGCGCGGCUGCGCUCCCGCUGCCCGUCUCCGCAGAUCCCGGGCUCCAGCCCGCCCUCCGCCCGCUCCAGCCAGGUCAGCACGCCGCGCACCAGCUACUACGGCUCCGACAGCGCCAGCGUCCAGAUGGAGGAGCCGCCCGGCGCCAGCCCCGCGCUGCCCGACGACCCGCUGUCCGAGGCGGCGGAUAAGAAGCUGGGCCAGCCGGGCACCCCUGGGGGUCACGACCUGGAGGCGGCGCUGCGGCGCCUGUCGGCGCGCCAGGAGAGCCACAGCUCGGAGCGGCCGUUCUUCGAGGUGGAGCGCGAGCGCAAGCUGCAGGCGCUGGCGGCGGGCGGGGACUCCAGCGGGUUCCUCACCCCCAACGACAGCAUCCUCUCCACCGGGACCAACUACUCCGGCAGCUCCCAGCACUCCGGCUCCGGCCUGUCCUGCGGCUCCCGGUCCUGUCUGCCGGACCGCCUGCAGAUCGUCAAGCCACUGGAAGGCUCAGUGACCCUGCACCAGUGGCAGCAGCUGGCGCGGCCCAACCUGGGUGGCAUCCUGUACCCCCGGCCCGGCGUCCUCACCAAGGACUUCCGGGAGCUGGACGUGGACCUGGAGCAGGUGUACAGCCUGAACGACCUGGAGGAGGACGAGCCAGACCUCAGCCUGUUCCCUGUCCCACAAAGCGCCAGGGUGUCUCAGUCCUGUAACAACCUGCCCCCGACCCCCCCCACCAACACCAUCACCACCUGCCGGAUUCUGCACCCCACGCUCCAGCUCUCCGCCCCCCCGCGCAGCCUUCGUCCUCGAAGCCUGUCCUCUUGUGGGACCGCUGAGGGGCUAGCGGCCCCCUCCGGCGGGGCGGGGCUGAGGCGGCCGCGCUGCGAGUCCUCCACCAACCUGCGGGAGCACGCCCACACGCACAGCGCCUCCCUGGGGCUGGUCCGGCUGCUGCAGGAGCGCGGCAUCUCCGCCGCCGUCUACACCCGCCAGCAGGGCGGCAGGAGCGAGCUCGGCGCCCCCCCGGCCCCCCAGCUGGCCAGGCCACCGGGCGAACAGGACAGGGGCCGUGCCAGCGCUGCCCCCUGCAGGAAGGGGAGGAACAUUUUCAGCUUCAAUCUGGUGGAGAAGCUGCGCUCUCUGGGUCUGGCCAAGGUGGCGGCCCGCGGGCUGAUCGACCCCGGGGACGAGGCCGAGGAGCCCUGACCAUCCCGCCCGCUGUGCCCCAGGCGGGCAGGAAAAACACACACCAGUCAUCUCGGACCCGUCCACGAAGGGCACUGCUUGCUGCUCAGCACCGACCCAGCUCUGUUCCGCUGUCUCAGCUGUGGAUUUCUGCUGCUGUCGAUCCAGCCCACUUCCUCCUGGACUGGGGGGCUAUGCGGUGCCGCUGGGACAUGCCAGCGGGCCGGCGCCGGGCCCAGACGUGUCCCGAUUGUUUUAUAUUAAAACUUGCACUGGGGGCUGUGGACAGCGGCAGCCCUGUUUUAAUGACACUGCUGUUGUAACGCACGCCUGGUGUGAAACAGCAAAUUGCACUUUCCUUUCUUCAGGACCUCCUGACUGCCUGUGGCAGGGCUCUGUCGUGAAGUGUAAACGUGUUAAGUUUCUGUGUGUUGUGCUCUUAAUCCUUGUUUUUGAUUCUGGGUGAUGUCUUACCGUGGAACUGUACUGUAGUAACUCCUGGUGGUGUCCGGUCUGGGCCAGUCAAUCCCAGUGUUCCCAGACCAGGAACCCAGCCAGCACAAACUCAGGGAACCAUGAAACCUGUGGUCAACUCUGAAAGGGUAGAUUUGGCCUCCAGCAUUGUUGUGUGUCCAGGCUGCCUGUAGAGGGCGCCACAGCAGCUGUGUGCAAUGCUGCAGGUGCUGACUCCUGCCCUUAAGUUUCACCUGCAAAGACUUAACACUGAUUUUCUGGUAAACUGCAGGGAAAACAUGCUGUCUUUCUUUUGGUUUACUUGUGUUGUUGUAGAGAUCCUAUGAUGUGUCCAGUGUGUUAUAGCCAUUAAUUUUGUUUUGUAUUUUUUAUUUUUUAAACCACAUAGGACUCUGAGAAUGCUGAGCUUCUCCAAACACAGAAUCCCUUCUGAAUGGUGAGGAGUAUCACUGCACUUCACAGAGGCAGAUUAUAUAUAAAUAGAGAGAAAGCACCUUAGAAUUGCUUUGGGGAGCACUGUUCACAUUUGCACAACGUUAAGAGUAACAAGCACUAGUGUCCCUCUGUUUUAAAAUUACUUUUUACAUAUUUAACAACUUUAUGUUCUUAAAAUGGCUUUUUGUCUUAAAAGACCAAAUAGAGCCCCUGUUUAACCCCUGUGUUACCUUCGUGCAGGCCUUGACAGGGAGCACUGAGCUCGUCUGGAGAGGCUGGCUCUGGGUGCGAAUUCUCCAGGUCCAGCUGGAAACCAGCCAGCCUGUCAGAGCACACAGAAACAGCCAAUUAAAAAACAGAUACGAGAAAGUUAGUACAAAUUAUAAAAGGUUCUGGACUGUGAAUUUUUAAAAAUUUCUUUGCAAUUAAAAAUAGGAAAAGCAGCAGCAGAGAAAUGUAGAGAUAUUUUUACACAGUAUACAGUUCAGAUGCCUGGGUUUGUGUGUGUUACAUCUGUCUAAUAAAAAGGCCUCUUAAAUUGUUUUUCCUCUUAAUUGAAACUGGAUUACCUCUACAUUAAACUCAAAGAAAACAAUAGACCUGCCCAGAUCACACACCUGCUCAGAUCACACAAACACACACCUGUCCAGAACACAAACCUGUCGAAAUCACACACUUGUCCAGGAGGAGCUCAGCUUGUGAUUCUUCAAAACAGCAGUUCAGUCUGAUCUCGAACUAAACUAAUCAGUUUGGGGUCCUUUUUCUGCUAGAAACAUGCUCUCAGGUCUAUUUUCACAAACUCUGCUGUUGUUCUUUAGUGGUCUGGGGUAUGGGCUCUUUUCAGUUUCCCUUGUUAACGAACUGAGGAGCCCCAGCUCCAGCCUAGUUUCCUAGUUACUGUAUUAUAUCAGGCUCAGGCAAUCUAGGGUCCAGUCUCUGAACAGCUGGGGUUCGUCUUUCAUCUCUAUGAAGAGACAGAAGUUUAUAACUUUGAUUUUCUGCCUCAGACUGGCUGCUGGAACUGCUUGACAUCCCAAACACUAUGGAUCCAAAGAUUCUCUUUUUACAGCUUUUAAGAUCCUUCUAGCUGGGUUUUACAGCGGCCCAGCUGAGCCCACUCUGUGAGACACGAGCCCUGGUGCCCAGGGUGCGUGGGGCAGCAGAGAGUGGGCUCUCGCUGCGACUACUUCUGUUGUGUCUUUGUAUAUCAUUACCUGUUGUAAAUAUUGAAACGUUUCAAUAAAGAUCAUGCAUCAGA